AUGCAAAAUAUUAAAUAAAGAAAACCUUAAUUAUAAAUUCCCUUUGAACCUCUUAAAAUAAAUUAGAAAAUACAAACAAGCAUAAAUGAAGAAUGUGUUAUAUAAAAAUUGUGUCUUUAAAGGGUGAAACGAAAUUUAAGUGUGCCACAUAAUUAAAGAUUUUUGAAUAGAUUCGAAAAUUUACAAAAAAAUCUCUGUCUAUUCGGAAAGGAACUAAAGAAGAACUUUAAACAAGAGAAUAAUCUCAAUAGAUGCAGUAAUAAAAAAUACUAAAUAUUCUUAAUUAAUUAUAGAAGUGAAAGAAACAUAGCAUAGAAAAAGUUGUAUUUAUUAACAAUAGGGAAAAGAAACUAUUUUUUUAAAGGGACUCAAAAAAAGUUGAUGUUUUUAUAGUUUAAUAAAUUAAAGAGUAAGAAGCACUGGCAAAUAAUUUUAAAGAAAAUAAAAAAGAAAUAACAUGAGAUAUUAUAUCCAUUAAUUUUGAAUACAUAGAAUAUCCAUAUAGAAGAGGGUGUUGAUACAAGUAAUGAUUUUACAAUAAAUUCAUUCGAGCAUCUAAAAGAUGUUCCUUCAUAAAAUUUUCCUAGUAUGACAAAAAAUAAGUCUAAGUUUUUUGACUCAAUUUUAAUUAAACAAUAAUAGAUUGUAAUUAAUUAAAGGAGAAAGUUUUCCAAUCAUCGAAAAUUUUUUAUAAAUAUUGUUCUAUUCUAUUUCUCCGUAAUGAUUUUAAAAAAGUUUUAAGUCCUAGAACAACAGCAACAAUGA